AUGCACUUGUCGUUCUUCACCGUUAUCGCCAUCUGGCUACUCCGCGCUAUGCACGUCAAGGCAAACAUGCCGCAGGUUGUGACUCAGUUCGACGAGACCAAGGCCCUUUGGGAAGCCUUCUCGAACAUGAAAGGCCUGCCAGGAAAGUUCCAGACCGAGAGGCUCAAGCCAUUCCCAGUGCACUACUGGCACAAUUUCCUCCAGAACCACGGCGAAGGCGUCGUCAAUGAAGUAGAACGAGGCCAAGGAGCUUACGCCAUGUUUAACAAGCUGAAGAAGUUCGCUAAGAGCCCUGGUUCCGAAGCCUUUUUCCAGCUGCAUCAUCCCUUGACCCAAAAGGCUGGCGGUCAGCUGAUUGAAGCGUACGCGAAACACCGAAUUGACAACCCGCACGUCUAUGCCGUUGCUGAUCAUCUGCAAUUGCCGGACGAAAACUUGCUCAUUUACGACAAGACGGGCCCGUCCCGAAGCAGCUGA